CCUUAAAAAGAACUGAAAGAGACAUAAAGAUGCCAAUCCUAGAAAAAGCUACAGUGGAGAAGGAGAAGGAGAGCCACAGCCAAGAUGAGAUGGUCCUACCCAAACUACCUGUCCCACCUCUACAACAGACAUUGCAAAUGUAUCUUCAGUGUAUGAAACAUUUGGUAUCUGAAGACCAAUACGUGAGGACAAAGCAGAUUGUGGAGAGGUUUGGUGCUGCCGGAGGUCCGGGAGAGUUCCUACAGCAGAAGCUUCUAGAAAGACAGGAAAAAAUGGAGAAUUGGGUUUUAAAGUACUGGCUAGAUGACAUGUACCUUAACAGCCGAUUGGCUCUCCCAGUCAAUUCCAGUCCAGCCAUCAUCUUUGCUCACCAACCAUUCCAAGACGCAAGCGACCAACUGAGGUUUGCAGCCAACCUCAUUUCGGGAGUCCUUGAUUAUAAAGCUCUGCUGGACACCCAUGCUAUACCUGUUGAUUAUGCUCGUGGACAGCUGUCUGGUCACCCUCUCUGUAUGAAGCAAUACUAUGGACUCUUUUCUUCCUAUCGUCUUCCAGGACACGCCAAAGAUACCCUCGUGGCUCAGAAAAACAAUAUCAUGCCAGAACCAGAACAUAUCAUUGUUGCUUGUAACAAUCAGUUUUUUGUUUUGGAUGUUGUUAUCAAUUUCCGCCGCCUCAGUGAGGGGGAUCUGUUCACUCAGCUACAAAAGAUAGUCAAAAUGUCCGAGAAUGAAGAGGAGAGACUGCCUCCGAUUGGUCUCCUGACAUCUGAUGGAAGGACAGAAUGGGCAGAAGCCCGGACAAUCCUUGUAGAAGAUUCUACGAACAGAGACUCGCUUGAUAUGAUUGAACGAAGCUUGUGCUUAAUAUGUCUCGAUAGCCCAAGUGGAGAGGAACUUAGUGACACCAACAGGGCACUGCAACUUCUGCAUGGGGGAGGCGGCCAUAAAAAUGGGGCCAACCGUUGGUACGAUAAGCCCAUGCAGUUAGUUGUGGGAAGAGAUGGAGUCUGCGGAACGGUGUGCGAACAUUCCCCUUUUGAAGGGAUCGUCCUGAUGCGGUGCGUCGAAUAUUUGCUCGAGCACAUGAAAGAAGGUGCUAAGAAACUGGUCAGAGCUGAUUCGGUGAGUGAACUUCCUGCCCCGAGGAGACUAAGGUGGAAAUGUUCUCCAAAAAUUCAGGCACACCUGGCAUCAGCAGCAGAAAAACUUCAAAGGAUGGUGAAGAAUCUAGACUUUAUUGUUUAUAAAUUUGAAAACUAUGGGAAAGAGUUUAUCAAGAAGCAGAAGAUGAGCCCAGAUGCCUACAUCCAAGUAGCCCUGCAACUGGCAUUCUACAGAAUGUACGGGAGACUCGUUCCCACCUACGAAAGCGCAGCCAUACGCCGGUUCGAGGCAGGAAGAGUAGACAACAUCCGAUCCGCUACUCCUGAAGCCUUCGCUUUUGCACAAGGAAUGAUUGAUAAAGUAUCGUCUCUACAGGACUCUGAGAAAAUGCAGCGACUUAAGGAUGCGAUAAUGGCUCAGACAAACUAUACUAUUUUGGCUAUUACAGGAAUGGCCAUAGACAAUCACUUGUUGGGGCUGCGAGAGAUGGCUCGUGAACAAUUCAAGGAACUGCCAGACAUAUUCACUGAUGAAACGUAUCUGACAAGCAAUCGAUUUAUACUCUCUACCAGCCAGGUUCCAACCACCAUGGAAAUGUUCUGCUGCUACGGGCCAGUGAUUCCAAACGGUUAUGGCACAUGCUACAAUCCACAGCCAGAGCAUAUAUUAUUCUGCAUUUCAAGCUUCAAAGACUGUAAAGAUACAUCCUCCCACAAGUUUGGAAAAGCAGUGGAAGAAAGUCUCAUGGCUAUGAGAGAGCUGUGCAUCAAAUGCAACUCGGCUAAGACGAGCACCCCAACUAAACCAGCAGCAACCUCAGCACCUCCACGUGCUCGGAAAUCCUAA